GGGGUUGUUUAUCACCAUCCAUGAUAAAGGCCAUAUUGCAACAAUGCUAAACUCUUGGCCUGAAGAAAAUAUUAAGGCUAUCGUGGUGACAGAUGGAGAGAGGAUUCUCGGUUUAGGAGAUCUAGGAAGUUACGGCAUGGGUAUCCCAGUGGGGAAGCUUGCUUUGUACACAGCUUGUGGUGGAGUUCACCCACAACAGUGUCUCCCUGUCCUGCUGGAUGUUGGCACAGACAACGAGGCUCUCCUGAGUGAUCCACUCUAUAUUGGACUGAAACACAAGAGGGUUCGUGGGAAACAGUACGACGAACUGAUUGAUGAGUUUAUGCAGGCAGUUACCAACAAGUACGGCAUGAAUUGUCUGAUCCAGUUUGAAGAUUUUGCCAAUGCUAACGCUUUUCGUCUUCUCAAUAAAUACCGCAACAGAUACUGUACAUUCAAUGAUGAUAUUCAGGGCACUGCGUCUGUUGCAGUCGCUGGCAUCUUUGCAGCCUUAAGGAUCACAAAGAACAAGCUCUCUGACCAUAAGUUUGUUUUCCAGGGGGCUGGAGAGGCUGCAAUGGGCAUAGCUCAUCUCAUCCUCAUGGCCAUGGAAAAGGAAGGAAUUUCACGAGAGAAUGCCAUCAAAAAAAUUUGGAUGGUGGACUCCAAGGGACUGAUUGUGAAGGGCAGGAGCCACCUGAACCAUGAGAAAGAAAUGUUUGCCCAGGACCACCCCAGUGUGAACACACUGGAAGAGGUUGUGCAGAAAGUGAAGCCUACAGCAAUUAUAGGUGUCGCAGCCAUUGCAGGAGCCUUCACUGAGAAGAUUUUGAAGGACAUGGCAGCCUUCAAUGAGAGGCCCAUCGUGUUUGCCCUAAGCAACCCCACAAGUAAAGCGGAAUGCACAGCGGAGCAGUGCUACCGCCUCACCGAGGGACGGGGAAUAUUUGCAAGUGGGAGUCCAUUCUCAAAGGUAACCCUGCCCAAUGGACAGACCUUCUUCCCUGGCCAAGGAAACAACGCCUACGUCUUCCCAGGAGUGGCACUGGGAGUCAUCGCCUGCGGAGUCCGGCACAUCUCUGACGAUAUCUUCCUCAUCACAGCAGAGUCUAUUGCUGCCGAGGUGACAGAGCAGAAUCUUGCAGAAGGAAGACUCUAUCCCCCCUUGGACAGCAUCAGAAAGGUGUCUCUCAAAAUCGCUGUGAAAAUUGUUGACUGGGCCUACAAGCAUGGUCUUGCUUCUUGGUACCCCGAGCCAGCAGACAAGGAAGCCUUUGUGAAACAGCUCGUUUACAGUCCUGAUUACGAUUCGUUUGUUAUUGAUGAUUACAGGUGGCCCCCCGCAGCCAUGCAAACACAAGAUGUAUAAGUUUUUGUGAGAACUGUUUUCACAUUUUUUCCAUCAGUUCCCAUGGUUCAUAUCAUUGCUGGUAUAAAUGCACCUCCAGGCUUGCAGAAUGAUAAAAGUAAAUGAAUCCAA